UACAGGAAGGUGGGCUGGAAGCCCACAGAGACCGAUUACCAGGAGUACCUGACCCACAGACGUCGUCUUUUGGAGAAUGAACCUCGCAUGCGUGCAGCGGCUGCUGCUGGCGGUAUAUUGUGGAGAUUAACCUUUGAUUUCUUCGACUCCCGGCCGUUGUCUCUAUCCAACCCUUCAGCGAGCAUUGGUUCUGGCCCACCAGUCAUCGAUGAAAACUGCAAGUUUUAUGAUGACUUCCUCAUGCAGGAAGACUUGUACACCCUCUGCGGCGUAUAC